UCGGUCAGCUGACACCCACGUGAUCCUGCGUGCUGUUAAGCGAGUACGGCUGGCGCGAGCCCGUGUUCAGACAGUUUGUGAAGAACUGAAGUGAUGGCAUCUCGGUGCUUAAUUCUCAUUUGCCUUGGCCUUUCCGCUGUGAAUGGUGUAUUCUUGGAGUUUGACCAGGAUGUCUCCAUUCCCGAAGGCUGGAAACAUUUAGAACGCUUAUCUGUGAAUGAGGAUAUUAUGCUGACAUUUGUUCUAAAACAACAGAAUCUGGACAUACUAAAGGAGAUUUCUUAUGAUGUGUCAGACCCGGACUCUGUUAAUUAUGGGAAAUACAUGUCCCUGGUGCAGCUAGGUGCUCUGAUCCAGCCCUCUGCAGAGACACAAAAGGUGGUACAGCUGUGGCUUCAGAAUCACAAUAUUACCAACUGUUCCUCUGUUAUAACGAAGGACUUUGUGCAGUGCACCAUGCCUGUUGGAGUGGCUGAAGAAUUGCUAUCUGGUGCAGAAUUUAAUCGUUACACCAAUGGCCAUAUAUCAAUAGUAAGGUCUCCUUCCCCAUACACAGUGCACAGUGAUCUAGCAAAACACCUGGACUUUGUUAGUGGCCUGCAUCGCUUUCCCUCGGGGAAGACGACUCUGAAAUAUUAUGAGAGUAAACGGAAAGCGGCGGACUGGCAGUUUCACCUUGGAGUCACGCCCAGUGUUGUUAGAAAACGGUAUAACCUCACAGCCAAUGAUGUUGCCUCUUUUGAGAACAGCAGCCAGGCUGUCUCUCAGUUUCUGGAGCAGUACUUCCAUCCAGCAGAUUUGGUAGAGUUCAUGAAACUCUUUGGUGGUGGGUUCAAGCAUCGCUCCCAGGUGGAUCGGAUUGUGGGCACCCAAGGAAGUGGCAGGGCUUGCAUGGAAGCCAGUCUGGACGUUGAAUAUAUAAUGAGUACUGGAGCCAACAUUUCCACAUGGGUCUUCUCAACUCCAGGACGACAUGAAUCGCAAGAACCAUUCCUGGAGUGGAUGUUAUUGCUAAACAAUAUGUCUUCGAUUCCUUUGAUUCAGUCCAUUAGCUAUGGUGAUAAUGAGGAUAGCCUUUCCGUAGCCUACAUGGAGAGGAUCAGUACAGAGUUUAUGAAGGCUGGAGCUCGUGGGGUUACCAUUCUGUUUUCCUCUGGGGAUGAAGGAGCUGGCUGCCGAGAAGUCGGCAAAGGUGUUAAUGUCUUCAGACCUAGUUUCCCAGCAUCCAGCCCUUAUGUGACCACGGUCGGAGGGACAUCCUUCAAGAAUCCCUUCAAAAUAACUUACGAGGUGACGGACUAUAUCAGUGGAGGUGGAUUUAGCAACGUCUUUCCGAUGCCAAACUAUCAGGCACAAGCAGUGAAGUCUUAUCUUCAUACAAUGAAGAAGCUUCCUCCUCAGACGUACUACAACAGCAGUGGCCGUGCAUACCCUGACGUGGCAGCUUUGUCUGAUAACUACUGGAUUGUAAUGAACCGGGUGCCAAUGCCUUGGGUGUCCGGAACAUCAGCAUCUACUCCUGUAUUUGCAGGAAUCUUGGCUCUGAUUAAUGAUCGUCGUUUCAUGAAAGGCUUACCAUCUCUUGGCUUCUUGAAUCCUCGACUUUACAAGCUGCAGCAACAAAAAAACAACGCACUCUUUGACGUGACAGAGGGUUGCCACUUGGCCUGCAUUGAUGAUCAAGUCCAAGGGCAGGGGUUCUGUGCGGCUCCUGCUUGGGAUCCCGUCACUGGCUGGGGGACCCCAAAUUACCCUGCGCUGCUGGAGGCACUCGGGAAGGACAAGUAGCUGGCAGACGCAGCCGAGUCUCUACCUCUGUGUGCCAUUUCUAAUAUUACUUGAUUGUGGUGCAGUCUCCUUGUUUUGUCUUUUAUUUUAUUAUUCUGAUAGCAGACUGUAAAUCUUUUUGGAAUGUAAUCUUCAUGGCUAGAAGGCUGAUGUCAGCCUGCCAACUGCACUUAAUGCAAAUAUCAGUUUGAAAAGGGUGUGUGUGUGUGUGUGCGCGUGCAGUGCAGGGUCGGGGUGUGUGUGUGUGUGUGUGUGCGUCUAAUUUUAAUAAUCAAGCCAACCUCCAAGUGCAAAUACGAACAAUUUCAACGUAUGAGGAUUUUCGGCCGUUUAACAUUCUCCACUUGUGCUGUUCAGAUGCCAAGGUUUAUUUUGUUCUCAUCUGUGCCAGUUUUUACCUUGACUGAGGGUCUUUUAACUGGGCAAAAAACUGCACUGCUGUUACAGGCCUGAAGGCAGGAAUUUUGCAUUUAUACUGGCCGGGGGCUUUCUAAGGACUGCUGGAGGACUUUGGCAUCAGCGCCAUUCCUGCUUUUUGUUUUCCUUCUGCUCCUCCACGUGUAGCGGCCUGCCACCUACCGCUAGCUCUGCCUCUCGUGGAUUACGCCUGCUGUAAGCAGUCGCGGCCUAUUUUCAUUUUUUUACCCCGAAGCACCUUUUGAAUUGAGCUUCUAAAUAGUGUUCUGUAAUGGCGGAUCAGCAGCAGUUUAGCCUGAAGAUGACCCUGCUGUAGUAGGAGGAAGAUGACAAAGAAGAGACUCUCACAGGGUCUUGUACAAGGGUGGCGUGGUGUUAAUAACCCCAGCCCCUGGCUUGGCGCUACAUUAAGAUGGUGUGAUCAGUUUAAGAGUUGCUGCAGCGUGAACGUGUCGACACGUCUUGGCUGAAACAGCUUUUUAAAAGAAAUCAAUAAAUGAACGUUUGCUACAAGAAACACAGCCAGCUUAGCUUCACCCCACUGGCGUCACUUGACUAAUCACCCGUUUGUGCUGCUGGUAAUAAGAGGUGGUGGGCUCAGGACAAGCCAGAUUUUCACGUUAAGCUUUAUCUGAAUGGGUUUUUCAGUUUUUCACAUUUCUAGUCCUUUUGUAACGGCCGGGUAUGCAGGAGUAGAUCUUGAGGCCUCAAUCGCUCUUAUUGCUCUUCUAGAAAUGUGCAAUUUUGUGCUUUGGCUUCCUUAAGUAAAAGUGACAAGUGGCUGAGGGAUGUGGAUGGACCACUUGGCUCAUAUUUGUCAUUGAUUCUGACAAAUGUAAACUGAAAUGUGAAAAUAAUUUAAUAUUUUUUACACUGAAAAUCAAAAAUAAAGUGCAUUUUGAAAACA